UAAUUUUAAUAAGCUGGCUUUUUCGUUGAAACGGUGCGUUUUAAGUAUUUCGUUCUUCACACUCUGCAGUUAGCCCCCGGAGGAAAACACUGUCCAUCCCAUCGGCGAUCGAUUUGAUCGGAGACUCAACUGGUGUGGCCAAUUCAAUUUCAGGCUCGUUUUCUAUUUCACUGUAUCGUUCUCUUUCUUCUCCAAAUCUCGUUUCGUAAAGAAGCAAGAUGAUAAAAGCAGUGCUGGUGUUGAACACGCAGGGGAAGCCUCGUCUCGCCAAAUUCUACGAAUUUCAGUCUGUGGAGAAGCAGCAUGAUGCUAUUCGCAAUGUGUUUUCAGUCUUAUGCAGUAGACCUGAACAUGUCAGCAAUUUUGUGGAUGCCGAGUCCUUCUUUGGCCCGGACUCCCGCCUGGUCUACAAGCACUUUGCAACUUUAUAUUUUGUGUUCAUAUUUGAUAGUUCUGAAAACGAGCUUGCUAUGCUUGACUUGAUACAAGUGCUUGUGGAAACAUUGGACAAAUGCUUCAGAAAUGUAUGUGAGCUUGAUAUCGUGUUCAACUAUAGUAAGAUGCAUACUAUACUAGAUGAGAUCAUUCUCGGAGGCCAGGUGUUGGAGACAAGUUCAAACGAGGUUAUGAAGGCUAUUGAAGAAAUAUCAAGGCUCGAAUCAGCAUCCAAAGCAAUCAAUCUUGUUCCAAAAUCAGUUUCUGGUUGGAGGUCGCAGUAAUAUAAUUUCAAUUGAAGUUCCGGAAGGAUCUGCGUCUACGCAUCCUAGGGUUCAGACAGGUGAAGAACUAUCUAUAUUCAGGGAAGUCCAUAAGAUGUCUUUGUCCAAAACCCUAGUGUAAGUGCUCCUAAUUGAAACAACGAUUGACACCCUGAAUUACAGUUUUGAGUUGACCAUGGUUUCUACUGGUGAGUUUGUAUUUGUGAUCGAUUCCCUACCUUGUUGAUAAAAAAAAUGUUGUGUACAACUUUACUGAGCACUCAUUGUUCCCAGCUGAUCCCAAUUUCAGUUAAUCUGUUUGAUUCAAUUUA